AUGAAGGGAAUUACUAAAGGGGUAACUGUGUCAAGGGGUGGAAUACGUGUAAAUCAUCUGCUUUUUGCAGAUGACUGCAUUCUUUUUGCAAGAGCUAAAACAGAAGAGUGGCUGAGGUUACAAGAGCUUUUGUUGAUCUAUGAAAAGGCCUCUGGUCAGUUCCUAAACAAGGAUAAAACAUCAGUGUUUUUUAGCUCUAACUCGAGGGGUGAGGAUAAAGAGAAGAUAAUGGAGUUAGGGGGAGCAGUUAUAAAGGGCAGCUAUGAGAAGUAUCUAGGUUUACCCCCUGUAGUUGGAAAAUCCAAAUACAACACCUUUAGAAGUAUUAAAGAAAGGGUGUGGAAGAAGAUUAAUAAUUGGAAAAAUGUUUUUCUAUCAGCAGUUGGUAAGGAGGAUUCGAGGAGCAUGGCAGCAAGGGUUUUUAAAGAAAAAUAUUUCAAAAUCGUCCCUUUGACAGAAGCAAAAUUGGGAAAUAGACCUUCUUACAUAUGGAGGAGUGUUUGUGGAGCUUUAAACUUGUUGAAGGACGGAUUAAGAUGGAGAGUAGGGAAUGGAACAAAUAUUAAAAUAUGGGGGCAAAAGUGGUUACCAACUCCUUCCUCUUUUUGUGUCCAAGCUCCUUGCACAAUUUUAGAUCAAGAAGCCAAAGUUUCUGAGUUGAUUACUAGUGGGGAAUGGAAUGAGCCUUUUAUCAAGAGUAUUUUCUACAAAGGAGAAGCAGAGCAUAUAUGGAGCUUACCUAUAAGUAGAAUGGAGGCUGAAGAUAAACUAAUAUGGGGGUAUACUAAAAAAGGUGUCUUCGCUGUCAAUAGUGCUUACCAGAUGGAAAUGAAGAGGAGGGAGACAGCAACAGGAGAGUGCUCAAAUGGAAGGGAAGGGGAGAACAUAUGGAAGGUAUUAUGGAAUUUGAAUAUUCCAAGGAAAGCCAAAUUUUUCCUGUGGAAAGCUGCUAAAGAGUUGUUAGCAAUAAGAAAUAGCCUUUACAAGAAGGGUAUUAUAAAAGAGCAACCGUGCCCAAUUUGUAAGAAGGAAGCAGAAACAGCAGUACAUGUCUUAUGGUCCUAUCCUGCAGCUGCAGAUUUCUGGUCUGAUUUGAUUUUGGUGAUACAGAAAUGGAGGACCAAUGAACCGGAUAUGCCAAGCUUGCUUGACAGGUUGUAG